UUCAGUCGUGUUCUAUUUAAUAAAACAACAAAUUCUUUUCAAACAAAUUUCAUACUUGGAACGUAUGAAUAGUUGAAACGCCGAGUGAUAAUCAAAGUACUUGAUUUUUUAAAAAAAAAACAUUACAGUUUCUAUUAUGACUGUAAUGAUAAUAGAUUAUAGUUGUACCGUAAGGUAAUACAAGGAAACCACAAGCCCUAAAGCGGUUUUCAGUAAUAUCAACGCAGACUUCGAUGAUUUUGGUUUGAAGAUAAAAGAAUAGUCGGCGCAAAUUGGUUGUUGUUUUAAACCGUAAAGUUCGAGACGAUAACUGGCUCACAGGUCUGGGUAACCGGUUUCCAUAAAGCAAUUUUGGUUGAAAUAUUCAUUCAACUAGUUAGGUGACGAUGACGUGGCAAAGUACUAAAAAACGACAUAACCCCAAUAUUUAAUAUACUGUCUUGAUAAAUCAUGCCAAACUGGUGAAUCAUCAAAUUAAACCAGAAAAAUAUUGCUAAACCAGUAAAAAGAACCUGCUAAGACAGUAAAAAGAAACAGAAUAUUUUAAGUCAAUUUGUAGACGCAAUAUUCACCACUGCUACGCUACGUUCGGGUAAAAAAAAAAGCUUGCAAUACGCUACUCUAGCAAAUAACAAUAUCAUACUUAUUGACUGCUGCGAAUAUUUGGUUCGUUCAGUUUGAUUCCGUUUUAUCGCCAGUUAUUCGGUAAAUUGGAUGAUUAAUAUAAAAAAUGAAUUCAAGCAAGUGUGUCGCCGCGAUAUUGUUGAUUGAGUUGUUUUUUUCUUCCGAACCGUUCACGUCAUGCGUACCACUAAUCGAUGUAGUUCAAGACACGAAACUUUUACUGACUCAUCCCGGAUGGAAAGACAUAAUAGAUAACGUGAAAACCAAUAAUGCCGAAGGGGCGUUAAGUGACGAUGACGUGUCAAAGUUGAUCACCCAAAAUGAGGACAUUACAAUAGAUAACGUAUUAGCCGUGAACGGUCACAUUUUCCUUAUGUUGAACUGCAGGUAUGCAAGUAGACUUUUGUUCCUGAGUAAAAUUAUCAGCGACCUGGCAGCUGAGUGUGGAUACUUUGGUUCUUCGACUGAAAUGCCUUCGUUUUCAAAUUCGCCAUUAAAAUUUUGCAAAGAAGUACUAUAUUCGGCGUUUGAACUGAUUUCGAUAGUCAUAUCGUACGCUAGAAGUGCGUUAAAGUAUUUCCAAAAGUUAUUCCAAAAAAAAAAAAUAGCCAGCCAGGGUUUACAUUCUACGUACAAAUGGUUCAAAUGGAAUUACGAAAAAUUAUUGAACGAACGAGCAGAAUCACCGAAUCUUAUCGGAAGUCAAUUGAAUGCAACCGUAAGGUCCUUAAAGACAUUUAAGGAGAAGUUGAAUAAAUAUUUUAGCCAGAAAUGUCAUGUGGAAGCCGGUUACCCGGACCUGAAGACCAAUUAUCUUUCUGAACUUAACGAAUUAAAACAACAAUCCAACUUAGGCCAACUAUUCGAUUAUCUCCAAACGAAAAUCAUGGAAGUAUCCGACGGUAUUAUUGAAAACAACUUCAUGGCUUGCGGGUUUCUAUACAACAGUGAAACGAAAACUUGUACAUUAAAACAACCCGAAACGUCCACAUCUUAAUCAUACUAAUGUCAUAUUGCCAUUUAUAUAUUUAAGUGUUUAUUAAUUUAUCAGCAUUCAUGAAAAUGUAUUUUAUUAUAAUCUUAAAACUAAGCAAAUCGUUAAAUACCUAUGAUAUAUCUAAACUUUUGCAGUGUCGCUCCAUUGUGUUAUUACUUCAAAAUAUUUACUCAAAUACAAAAAUAUAAU